AUGCAGUCAGGGAUUGCUGCUUCGAAGGAGCUCCACGAGCAGUUUAGCUCGCUGUUGUCAUCUUCGUCCACCUUUGCUCUUCUGGUUGGCAUCGAAAAAGAGUCACUGGUGCCGCUUGCUAGCAUAGCUUCGACAUCUUCGUUCUCGGGCGACUUGAAAUCGCUACAUUCACACAUCAAGCCCAAUGUCGCACUCUAUGCCAUUAUCCGACGAUAUGACGCGGCGCCGAAGCUCGCGGCCAUCUCCUACGUGCCAGACGCCGCCCCGGUGCGGCAGAAGAUGCUGUUCGCUUCGACGCGACUUACGCUGAACCGCGAGCUGGGCCUCGAGCACUUUCGCGAGAGUCUCUUCUUCACGACGCCGGAAGAGUUUACUGAAGCGGGGUUUAAGAAGGCGGACGCGCACGCGCAGCUCGAGGCACCCCUGACGGAGGAGGAGCGCACGCUGGGGGAGGUCAAGCGCGCAGAGCAGGAGGCUGGUGCGGGGACUGGGACUCGUGAAAUUCAUCUGAGCAAGAGCCUGGCGAUGCCUGUUUCCGAGGAGGCCAUUGCUGCCCUGAAGGACAUGCAGGGCAGCCGCGUUGUGACUAUGCUGAAAAUCAACCCAUCCACUGAAGCUGUCGAACUGGUACCCGAAUCACCCCGACCCAGCACGAUCGCCGAGCUGUCGCAGGCCAUCUCGAGCACCGAGCCGCGCUUCACGUUCUACCGGUACACGCACACGCACGACGGGGCGGAGCAGAGCCCCCUGUUGUUCCUGUACACGUGCCCGACGUCGAUGGGCGGCGCCAAGUCCUCCAUCAAGAACCGCAUGAUGUACCCCCUGAUGAAGCGGGCGGUGCUGGCGGUGGCGGAGCAGGAGGCGGGCCUGACGGUGGACAAGAGGUUUGAGGUGGAGGAGACGAGCGAAGUGACGGAGCAGCUGGUGCUGGGGGACCUGCACCCGAAGCCGGCGGCGAGGCAGGGGUUCAGCCGGCCGAAGCGACCUGGCCGGUGA